AGAGACACGGGUUUAUUUCGACGCGACAGCGCCGUUUGAUGGCGUUUGUUGUUGUUUCGUGAAACAGAGCGACGGAGGCGCAGUAGGCCCAAACCCGGACAAAAACACAGCCGCCCCCGUCUCCUCUCCCCCGGCACCGACACACCGCUCACCCCCGUCUGUCCCCCGCGGAGCCACUCGCCUCCGCAGCGGCUCCUCACCCUCACACACCCCGCUUCCCCCCUUCGUUUAGCCCGCAGGUGACACGCGGCAGCAUGUUUGGUGCUAACAGGAAGAAGUUUGUGGAGGGAGGGGUGGAGGGCGACUACGCCGAUGACUCCAGUCUCUACUACAGCCAGCAGUCCAUGUUCCCUCCCCACCGCGCCGACAAAGACAUGCUGGCAUCGUCUUCGCCCUCCUCGACAGGUCAGCUGUCUCAGCUCGGAGCCAGCCUGUACGGCCCGCAGAGUGCUCUGGGGUUUCCCAUGCGGGGGAUGAACAGCAGCGCCGCGUCCCAGUUGGGUCGAACCGGUCUGAACCAGUCUGCCAGCCAGCUGACCAGCCACGUCAACACGCCCAACGCUGGCACCAUGCACACGCCGCCCUCUCCCAGCAGAGGCAUCCUGCCCAUGAGCAGCAGGAGCAUGCUCAACCACAGUCAGCAGGUCGGCGGGGCGGGGGGGCAGGGCGGCGGCGGCGGGGGCGGGGGAGAGCGAGGAGGCGGGGGAGGAGGAGGAGGAGGGGGGAGGAGCGGCGGCAUGGGGAGUCCCAGCCGCUCGUCGCCCAGCAUCAUCUGCAUGCCCAAACAACAGCAGGCACGGCAGCCCUUCACCAUCAACAGUAUGUCAGGGUUUGGGAUGAACAGGAAUCCAGCGUUCACCAUGAACAACUCUCUAUCCAGUAACAUCUUCAACGGCACAGACGGCAGUGAGAAUGUAACGGGGUUGGACCUGUCAGAUUUCCCAGCGUUAGCAGACAGGAGUCGGAGGGACGGCGGUUCGAAUCCCACCCCGCUACUCAACCCCCUGGCUGGACGGGCUCCCUACGUUGGCAUGGUAACGAAGCCGUCCAGUGAGCAGUCGCAGGACUUCUCCAUCCAUAACGAAGAUUUCCCAGCUCUGCCUGGACCCAACUACCAAACGAAAGACCCCACCAGCAACAGCGAGGACGGCAAAACGAAUCUGAACUCAUCAGGGAAGCCCUCCUCCAACUCAGAUGGCCCAAAAUUCCCCGGCGACAAGAGCUCUGUGGCACCUAGCAACAACAACCAGCAGAAGAAAGGAAUUCAGGUGCUGCCUGACGGCCGUGUGACCAACAUCCCCGUCGGCAUGGUAACGGACCAGUUUGGCAUGAUCGGCCUGCUGACGUUCAUCCGGGCAGCGGAGACGGAUCCCGGCAUGGUUCACCUGGCGCUGGGCUCCGACCUCACCACGCUCGGCCUCAACCUCAACUCCCCAGAGAAUCUGUAUCCUAAGUUUGCGUCUCCCUGGGCGUCGGCUCCAUGUCGGCCGCAGGACAUCGACUUCCACGUUCCCUCAGAGUAUCUAACCAACAUCCACAUAAGGGACAAGUUAGCAGCGAUCAAGUUGUCUCGAUACGGUGAAGAUCUGCUCUUCUAUCUCUACUACAUGAACGGAGGAGACCUGCUACAACUGCUGGCUGCAGUAGAACUGUUCAACAGGGACUGGCGGUACCAUAAAGAGGAGCGGGUCUGGAUCACCCGGGCUCCGGGCAUGGAGCCGACACUGAAGACCAACGCCUACGAGAGAGGGACCUACUACUUCUUCGACUGCCUCAACUGGAGGAAGGUGGCCAAGGAGUUUCAUCUGGAGUACGACAAGCUAGAAGAGCGACCUCACGUUCCCUCCACCUUCAACUACAACCCCGCCCAGCAGGCCUUCUGAUUGGCUCUCCCUCCUCCCUGCCCACGCGCCAUUGGCUCUCCUGGCUCAUCAAUCAGCACUUCCUCCAACAGCGCCCCGCCCCCUCUGCCUGCAGACGCCGUGCAGUUCACCGACAGAGGCCGCUGCUGCCUUUGGGUCGUCUUAGCUCUGGUUAAGCCCCUCCCACUUACAGUGAAUCUGGCCAAUAAGGACUCGGGAAGGGAGGGGGAAGCACCGCCCACUGCCCCCCCUCCCCUUCCUAAAAAAAAAAAGAAAGAAAGAAAAAGACACUUUGUCAUUUUAACUUUUAUUUGUUUUUGUUCUUUACUUUGUAUUUCCCCCGCCCUCCCCCAUGAGUUUGGUUUCUGGAUCAACACACACACACACACACACACACACACACACGAGGAGACAACGUCCAGCUUCACAAGUGAUUCAAGCUUUUAUUCAGUCUUAAAAAAAGAUCUUAUUUACAUUUUUCCCUUCGUUUUAAAGAGAGCGUCCCGUGUGAAAAUGGAAUGCGGGGUCCAGUCACCUGUCAGGAUGGACACACACACACACACACACACACACACACACACACACGGACUGACAGCCAGGAGAGAAACUGCUUUGUAAAAUACAUUGUAGCACUAUUUCAUAAUAAAUCAGAGAAAAGA